AUGAUAGCUGAGACCACUGAACAAGUCAAGAAAAUCCUAGACAGAAUGCUCACUAUGCAGAGUCGUCAGAAGAAUUACACCGAUCAGAGGCGGAAGCCAUUGGAAUUUGAGGAAGGAGACCAUGCUUUCCUUAUGGUUACUCCAACAACAAGAGUAGGUAGGGUGAUUAAAGCAAAGAAGCUGAAUCCUCGGUACAUUGGUCCGUUUCAGAUCCUGAAGAGGGUUGGACUGGUGGCGUAUCAGAUGGCUCUACUACCCCACCUUUCGAACCCACACAACUUAAAAGAAGAUUUGACACUUUCGGUGACUCCGGUCAGAAUUGACGAUACGAGUAUCAAACGGUUGCGUGGAUAA